AUGCCGGUGCGGAGGGGCCACGUCGCGCCGCAGAACACCUUCCUGGACACCAUCAUCCGCAAGUUUGAGGGCCAGAGCCGCAAGUUCAUCAUCGCCAACGCGCGGGUGGAGAACUGCGCUGUCAUCUACUGCAACGACGGCUUUUGUGAGCUGUGCGGCUACUCGCGAGCCGAGGUGAUGCAGAGGCCUUGCACCUGCGACUUCCUGCACGGGCCGCGCACGCAGCGCCGCGCCGCCGCGCAGAUCGCGCAGGCCCUGCUGGGCGCCGAGGAGCGCAAAGUGGAAAUCGCCUUUUACCGGAAGGAUGGGAGCUGCUUCCUAUGUCUGGUGGAUGUGGUGCCCGUGAAGAACGAGGAUGGGGCUGUCAUCAUGUUCAUCCUCAACUUUGAAGUGGUGAUGGAGAAGGACAUGGUGGGGUCCCCGGCUCGUGACACCAAUCACCGGGGACCCCCCACCAGCUGGCUGGCCCCAGGCCGCGCCAAGACCUUCCGCCUGAAGCUGCCCGCGCUGUUAGCACUCACGGCUCGGGAGUCCUCGGUGCGUCCCGGCGGUGCGGGCGGAGCAGGCGCCCCCGGGGCUGUCGUGGUGGACGUGGACCUGACGCCCGCGGCGCCCAGCAGCGAGUCGCUGGCCCUGGAUGAGGUGCCGGCUAUGGACAACCACGUGGCUGGGCUCGGGCCGGCCGAGGAGCGGCGCGCGCUGGUGGGCUCCGGCUCGCCGCCCCUGCCCGUCAGCGCGCCCGGCCCGCACCCGUCGCCUCGAGCCCACAGCCUCAACCCUGAUGCCUCGGGCUCCAGCUGCAGCUUGGCCCGGACGCGCUCCCGGGAGAGUUGCGCCAGCGUGCGCCGCGCCUCCUCGGCAGACGACAUUGAGGCCAUGCGCGCCGGGGUGCUGCCCCCGCCACCUCGCCAUGCCAGCACUGGGGCCAUGCACCCCCUGCGCAGCGGCCUGCUUAACUCCACCUCAGACUCGGACCUCGUGCGUUAUCGCACCAUUAGCAAGAUUCCCCAGAUCACCCUCAACUUUGUGGACCUCAAGGGGGAUCCCUUCCUGGCCUCGCCCACCAGUGACCGGGAGAUCAUAGCACCCAAGAUAAAGGAGCGGACCCACAAUGUCACUGAGAAGGUCACCCAGGUCCUGUCCUUGGGUGCUGACGUGCUGCCCGAGUACAAGCUGCAGGCGCCACGCAUCCACCGCUGGACCAUCCUGCACUACAGCCCCUUCAAGGCCGUGUGGGACUGGCUCAUCCUGCUGCUGGUCAUUUACACGGCUGUUUUCACACCCUACUCGGCCGCCUUCUUGCUGAAGGAGACGGAAGAGGGCCCCCCGGCCCCUGACUGUGGCUAUGCCUGCCAGCCCCUGGCCGUGGUGGACCUCAUCGUGGACAUCAUGUUCAUCGUGGACAUCCUCAUCAACUUCCGCACCACCUACGUGAAUGCCAACGAGGAGGUGGUCAGCCACCCCGGCCGCAUUGCCGUCCAUUACUUCAAGGGCUGGUUUCUCAUCGACAUGGUGGCUGCCAUCCCGUUUGACCUGCUCAUCUUCGGCUCUGGCUCUGAGGAGCUGAUCGGGCUGCUGAAGACGGCGCGGCUGCUGCGGCUGGUGCGUGUGGCACGGAAGCUGGACCGCUACUCGGAGUACGGGGCGGCCGUGCUGUUCCUGCUCAUGUGCACAUUCGCGCUCAUCGCGCACUGGCUGGCCUGCAUCUGGUACGCCAUCGGCAACAUGGAGCAGCCGCACAUGGACUCGCGCAUUGGCUGGCUACACAACCUGGGCGACCAGAUCGGCAAGCCCUACAACAGCAGCGGCCUGGGCGGGCCCUCCAUCAAGGACAAGUACGUCACGGCGCUCUACUUCACCUUCAGCAGCCUCACCAGCGUGGGCUUCGGCAACGUCUCCCCCAACACCAACUCGGAGAAGAUCUUCUCCAUCUGCGUCAUGCUCAUUGGCUCCCUCAUGUACGCCAGCAUCUUCGGCAACGUGUCCGCCAUCAUCCAGCGGCUGUACUCGGGCACGGCGCGCUACCACACACAGAUGCUCCGGGUGCGGGAGUUCAUCCGCUUUCACCAGAUCCCCAACCCACUGCGCCAGCGCCUCGAGGAGUACUUCCAGCACGCCUGGUCCUACACCAACGGCAUCGACAUGAACGCGGUGCUGAAGGGCUUCCCCGAGUGCCUGCAGGCUGACAUCUGCCUGCACCUGAACCGCUCACUGCUGCAGCACUGCAAGCCCUUCCGAGGGGCCACCAAAGGCUGCCUGCGGGCCCUGGCCAUGAAGUUCAAGACCACACACGCACCGCCGGGGGACACACUGGUGCAUGCUGGGGACCUGCUGACUGCCCUCUACUUCAUCUCCCGGGGCUCCAUUGAGAUCCUACGGGGGGACGUCGUCGUGGCUAUCCUGGGGAAGAAUGACAUCUUCGGAGAACCCCUGAACCUGUAUGCACGGCCUGGCAAGUCCAACGGGGACGUGCGCGCCCUCACCUACUGCGACCUGCACAAGAUCCACCGGGACGACCUGCUGGAGGUGCUGGAUAUGUACCCCGAGUUCUCAGACCACUUCUGGUCCAGUCUGGAGAUCACCUUCAACCUGCGGGAUACCAACAUGAUCCCGGGUUCCCCGGGCAGCGCGGAGUGGGAAGGCGGAUUCAACCGGCAGCGCAAGCGCAAGCUGUCCUUCCGAAGGCGCACGGACAAGGACACGGAGCAGCCAGGGGAGGUGUCGGCCUUGGGGCCGGGCCGGGCGGGGGCAGGGCCCAGUAGCCGGGGCCGGCCGGGGGGGCCGUGGGGGGAGAGCCCGUCCAGUGGCCCCUCCAGCCCCGAGAGCAGUGAGGAUGAGGGCCCAGGCCGCAGCUCCAGCCCCCUCCGCCUGGUGCCCUUCUCCAGCCCCAGGCCCCCCGGAGAGCCGCCGGGCGGGGAGCCCCUGACCGAAGACUGCGAGAAGAGCAGCGACACCUGUAACCCUCUGUCAGGCGCCUUCUCGGGAGUGUCCAACAUUUUCAGCUUCUGGGGCGACAGUCGGGGCCGCCAGUACCAGGAGCUGCCUCGCUGCCCCGCCCCUGCCCCCAGCCUCCUCAACAUCCCUCUGUCCAGCCCCAGCCGGCGGCCCCGGGGCGACGUGGAGAGCAGGCUGGACGCCCUCCAGCGGCAACUCAACAGGCUGGAGACUCGGCUCAGUACAGACAUGGCCACCGUCCUGCAGCUGCUACAGAGGCAGAUGACGCUGGUUCCGCCCGCCUACAGUGCUGUGACCACCCCGGGGCCUGGCCCUACCUCCGCCUCCCCUCUGCUACCUGUCAGCCCCAUCCCCACUCUCACCCUGGACUCGCUUUCUCAGGUUUCCCAGUUCAUGGCGUGCGAGGAGCUCCCCCCAGGGGCCUCAGAGCUCCCCCAAGAUGGCCCCACUCGACGCCUCUCCCUACCGGGCCAGCUGGGGGCCCUCACCUCCCAGCCCCUGCACAGACACGGCUCAGACCCGGGCAGUUAGUGGGGCUGCCCAGUGUGGACACGUGGAUCACCCAGGGUUCAGAGUGCCGCCUGGGCCCCUCCCCUCAGAGGCCCUGCCCAGGAGGCCCUGGCCACGGAAGGGGAGAGGAUGGUGAAGGAGCAGCUCCUCCUGCUGUCCCCUGGGCCUCACUGGGAGGGGCAGGGGCAGGGCUGGGCAGUGGACAGGGGGUCUGUGGUCCCCACACUGCCCCGGGGGCAUUAGCUGGUCUAACUGCCCGGAGGCACCCGGCCCUGGGCCUUAGGCACCUCAAGGACUUUUCUGCUAUUUACUGCUCUUAUUGUUAAGGAUAAUAAUUAAGGAUCAUAUGAAUAAUUAAUGAAGAUGCUGAUGACUAUGAAUAAUAAAUAAUUAUCCU